GCCGUACGCUUCUACAAUUCAAUUGACGUUUCUUUCAUAUUUUCGCAUCCUAGAAUGCCCUGAGAUGGCAUAUCAAAUGAGAUGGGGUUCAUUUUUCGUGAAGUGUACCUUGUCUGGCUUGUGGAUCUCAAAGCUGACUCAGCGACUCGUCAACCUCAAACGGGGACCAUAUUUGUCCUCUAUCCAACUGUUUUGAUCACAUUUCAUCCAUGGCCUUUUCACCAUGAGCCUAUUCACAAGCUUAUAGCGACAAAUACAUACGCAGCUUUAAGGGGCACUCAUCGAUUACCAUCAGGCAUUUCCGGGUCUUCCGUGUUAUGAUGCGCGACAACGAUCUCCUGUUUAUCUGCCUCGCCGACCACCAUCACCAGGGGAUAUCGAAUCGAUAGACAUAUCCUUCUUAAUCAACCUUGGAUGCACGUGGAUCUUGCAUGUCGCAUCCAACCAUGCAUGAUCAUGAUGCACACGAAGACAUCGAGUUAGGAGAGCUGGAGAAUGACGCUUUCCUUCCCCGAGAGGACACCUCCAAACCUAUCUUCAAACAGCAAAGUAUUCUCACAAGAUGGAUUCCACCCCGGAUACGAAAAUUUGUCGAGAACAUCUCCAAAGUCUGGCUCAUGUUUGUUGUAUUGGUGGUGUUUGUCCUGGGUCUGUCCGUUUCUGCGUAUAUGAACGUAAAUGAGGCACUGGCAGUCAAUAUAUCUCCAGAGUCGAUAGCUUUACAAGACCAACUCGCGAAGAGUUUGAAUCAUACGUCAAUUCCAGGAUACGUUCUUGAAUAUGCUCCAUACGUCUAUCUCCACCGAGACGAUGUCUACUGUCCAAGUGAUAUGGCCAAGCAUCUGGAGAACGUUCACCCCACGAUCAACUUCACUGCUGUGGCUGGUGGUCCCGAUCCUCUCACGCUUGACAAUUUAAAUGAGUUGAACAAGCUGGGCGGAGAAGACAUAUUCCUCUCUUCCAAAGAGGAUGUCACCACUCUACCUAAGUUCUUGCAUGGACAAGAGCCCAAUCCAGUAACCUACCGAACCGACAAUGCCAAAAGCUGCGUCGUAAUCGUCGUGGACAAAGGCAACGGCAUCAUCGACGCUUUCUACAUGUACUGGUACAUUUUCAAUGACGGCCCUUCUGCACUCGGCCACCAAGUUGGAAACCAUCUCGGAGACUGGGAACACAACAUGGUCCGUUUUCAAAACGGCACCCCAACUGCAGUCUGGUACUCGCAGCACGAAUUCGGCUUCGCCUUUACCUACUCUGCUGUCCAAAAAAUCGGCAAAAGACCAGUCUCUUUCAGCGCCAAAGGCUCCCACGCAAACUACGUAGUAGCUGGUAAUAUCGAUCUCCACAACACCAGUACCUUGCAUUCCAUUUCCUAUAAAUCCUGACCCACUCACCUCAAGCCCACACACACUUACUAACACACUUCUCCCAGAUGGCCUCAUCCCCGCCCACAUCGUUUACGAUCGCACGCAGCAAGGUAAACUAUGGGAUCCGACCCUUUCAGCAUACUAUUACACGUAUGAAGUUGAGAGAAAGGAGUUCGUGCCAGCGGUGGAAGACACCCCGGUGAACUAUUUGUACUUUGAGGGGAAGUGGGGAGACGACCAGUUUCCCCAGAGUAAGAAGGGCCAGGAGGAGUUUUAUGGGUAUGUUAAGUGGAUUCCUGGGCCACAGGGCCCGUGGUUCAAGCAUUUGGAUAGAACGGAUGUUUGUCUGCCGGGGAGAGAGUGUGUUGUUAAGGGUUCGUUGUAGGAUUUGUGUCAGGAUAGAAGGGGGUUGAAUGGAGAAUUUCAGAUCGAAGAAAUGAAACUAGACAGUGUGUGGUCCUUUGUAGGUUAGUGCUGCAUUAUAUCCUCUGCUUUAGCCCUGGUUCUGUCAAAACACACCAGAAAUGACAAGAAGUUACUAUUCUGCUUCACGUCCUGACCGCCAG